AAAUAUUUUCGGUCGGUCUCAGUCCUCCUGCCUCCUACCUCCGGCCCGCCGCUCCUGUGGCUGAAGAAUUGGCACUCACUACCACCCUCCUUCCUCCUUCCUCCUUCCUCCUCCCACUACUCUGUCCGUCUGUCUCUCUCUGCUCACUUUCUCUUAAGAAGCCAAGGAGCUCAGCUCACUCCUCUUUCUCUCUCGGCGCCACAUUCAGAAUUCUAGUACUAAUUGUCAAUUCUAAAGACCCAUUUUCGAGCUCCGCCCUGCAAAUAUUCAUAUGCCAUCAUUGCUACAAUCCCAUAUGCGCCAAUAGAAGAGAAUCAAAGCUGCCGGUAUGGUAUUAAUCGAGCAAAAACACAAUACAGCAGGCAGGCAGGCAGGCAGGCAGCACAUCUGUGAAGUUUUGACCAUAUUAGGUCAGGUACAGGUACGGAUUCUUCCGUACAAGACCCUCGGUGAAUGGCGAGUCCGCGUAACAUAGGGCAAAACUACAAGACCCUUGGCGGCGGCGGCGGGGGUCAGUAUGUGUUGGACUAUCUGAAGCGAAUGCAAGCUGAGAAUCCUUGUUUCUUUUAUGCAAUUCAGGGAGUUGAUGACCUCUCCAAUGCAAAUGCAAAUAAUGUGAAUGUGAAUAAUGUGUUUUGGGCUGAUGCAGCUUCCAAGGCCAACUACAUCUAUUUUGGGGACGCUGUUAGACUUGACACUUCUUACAGGUCCAAACGCUAUAGACUACCACUUGCUACCUUCACCGGCCUCAAUCAUCACGCGCAACCUGUUCUGUUUGGCUGUGCAUUGCUCUUCAACGAGUCCCAGAGCUCCUUUAUUUGGCUUCUUCAGAAUUGGGUUCAAGCUAUGUCUGGACACCAUCCUGUCUCCAUCACCACUGAUCUUGAUCCCCUCAUCAAGAUGGCUGUUGAGCAUGUUCUUCCAAAUGUACGUCAUCGUUUUUGUAGUUGGAGCAUAUUCAAAGAAACCCAGGAGAAGCUAGCUUCUGUUUGUCAAACAAAAACAAAAACAAAAACAAACCCUGCCUUCGAGUUCGAGAUGGAGUUUAAGAAGUGCAUCAAUGAAGUUGAGACAAUCGAGGAGUUUGAGUCAUGUUGGCUCUCACUUCUAGAUAGAUGUGCUUUGACGGAUAAUGAAUGGCUUCAGUCACUUUACAAUGCUCGCCAUCACUGGGCGCAUGUCUACAUGCGAGACACCUUCUUUGGGGACCUUUCCAUGGCCGAGGCAAGUAGCCCUGUAAACUCUUUUUUUGACGGUUUUGUGAAUGCAUCCACUACCAUACAGUCAUUGAUUAAACAAUGUCAGAAAGCUAUAACAAGCUGGCAUGAAAAAGAAUUAAAGGCAGAUUUGGAUACUAUUAAUAUAACCCCCGUGCUGAAGACACCCUCUCCCAUGGAGAAACAGGCUGCUAAUCUCUACACAAGGAGAAUAUUCAUGAAAUUCCAAGGGGAGCUUGUUGAGACUCUUGCUAAUCCUGCUACUAAAAUUGAUGACUCUGGAACAGUCGCAGCAUAUCGGGUGGCCAAAUUUGGUGAAGAGCACAAAGCUCAUAUUGUUAGCAUCAAUGAACUUGAGAUGAAAGCCAACUGUAGCUGUCAGAUGUUCGAAUUUUCGGGAAUAAUUUGUAGGCAUAUAUUGUCGGUGUGUAGGGCAAAAAAUGUCCUCACUCUGCCUUCGCAAUAUAUUUUGAAACGAUGGACAAGAGAUGCCAAGAGUGGUGUUGGAGGUGUUGGGGAUGAAAUCAUUCCUGAGUUUUCAAGCGAUUCUCAGGAGUCCUUGACUUCUCGUUACAAUAAUCUUCGCCAAGAGGCUAUUAAGUUUGUAGAAGAAGGGGCAAAAUCCAUUUAUAUUUAUAAUGUGGCGAUGAAUGCUCUACAAGAGGCUAGAAAGAAGGUUGCUACUGCAAAGAAGAAAAAGUUCGAUGCCACACAGGGAAGCCUUGAAGCUAAUGGAUGCAAUCAUGAGAUUCAUGCAGGGGAAGAUAAUCAAUCAAAAACCUGUACACAUCUUUCCUCGGUUGAGAAGGAGAAGAAAAUCAGGGAACUAGCAGCUGAGUUGCAAUCCACAAAUCAGCGAUGUGAAGUUUAUCGUGCAAAUCUUCUUGCCGUUCUGAGAGACAUGGAAGAUCAAAAGCUAAAGCUAUCAGUUAAAGUACAAAAUGCUCGGCUUAGCUUGAAAGAGUAAACAUGUUGGCCUUCUUUUGCUUUCAAUAGAUAAGAGGAAAAGGCAAAUUUAUAUGAGAGGUUGCUCGUAUAGUUGUCUCUGAGAUUCUCUUUUUGGGUUGUACAUUUGAUAGUGCAGAUAGUACAACUUGGUAAUCAUUAAAACAUUAAAUAUUAGAGCUGGAUUCUCGAUAUCUUGAAUGUUUAGGUGUAUGACAUUAAAAUGGUGGCCAAUCAUCAUUUUACGCCAAUGUAUAUAUUACAGGUGAAAGAUCUAAUUUAUUGGAAGAUUGCAGACCAAAAAGCUGAUCUUUAAUCAGCUAAGAAGGUUAUUCAUUUUACAGCUUGGCAAGAUUGAGUUUGAUGAUGCUUGACGUACAAGUAAUUGGGAGAGAGAGAUUACCUCUCCUCACAGUUGCCUUAUUCAAUCCAUUAUGACGAAUGCCUCUCUUGGCUGUUCUUCCUCAAAAGUUAAGAAAACUGAAGGUUCCCUUCGCAUUAAAGAGACAAACGGUUUCCAGAGAAGUUGUCUACACUCUCUCUACGGCAAAGCAUUUGCUAAAUGAAAUCUUCUCACAAAAGUAGAUCUUCAGUUUCAUAGAGAUUGUAAUUUCCCUGGCCACCGAAGUCCCCUUGGAUCUCUUGGUGCAUCUGCUGACUAUAUUUGUGUUGAAGUUAUUUCUGUGGAAGAGGGAGAAGAAGUUGAGCAGAUUGCUGGAAGCCCAAGCAGAGAAAGUAGAAGCUGUGACAACUCACAUCGUGUAUUCAUGAAUGUUGCUGGUGCAUCUGCUGACUAUAUUUGUGUUGAAGUUAUUUCUGUAGAAGAGGAAGAAAAAGUUGAGCAGAUUGCUGGAAGCCCAAGCAGAGAAAGUAGAAGCUGUUACAACUCACAUCGUGUAUUCAUGAAUUUUGCUGGUGCAUCUGCUGACUAUAUUUGUGCAAGAACUUUCCAAAGCAGUCGUGGAUUACCUGAUACAAGAACUUUCCAAAGGAGUAUUUUGGAGAAAAGGUGUUCUAGUCUAAACAACACUUCUGGCAUGACAUCGCGGCCAAAAGGAUUGUGUAGACCAUAGAGGUGCUUGCCUGAGCCCAAAUGCCACAUUUUUUGCAAUGAAAUGACAAUUAUAGGUGCAUCAUCCUUGAAAUUUGGCACUGUUAUUGCAGCAAGACAGAGUAUUCAAAAGUGUAUAGUUGAUUAAUGGUAAGUGCUUGCAUGGUACG